AUGAUUUCCAAAAAUACAAGACUAAUAAAGCUUCUUCUUGCCCUGGGCUUGAUGGGGCUUCUGCACUGCAUGCUUCAAGGAUCAGUAUCUGUAGAGCACAUGUUCAAAGAGGCAAAAAGGGUCGAAGACCUGCAAGAGUAUGAAAGUGCCGAGAAGCACUAUAUUCGGGUAAAAAAUGCAAAACCUGCUUUUUCAGGGUCUCCUCUGCUAAAUGACGUGCGCUUCCUAAGAAUUGUGCAAUCAAUCAAGGACAAGGCAGAAGUCGACGAAUUGGGCGGAAUAUCAGUCUCUGACCUGCAGGAGCUCGAGCUCAUAGUUGAGCAAUCAGAAAACCAACUGAUCUCUUCAGACAAGCACCAGGGAAUGCUGGAGUUCUUCAAGGAGUUCAAGAAUGGGUACCUAAACCAGUACAUGUACCACGUGCAGGGAAUCAUUGAGAAAAGGUACUUGGUGCCCAAAAACACCGAAAGCCAUGCUCUAAAAAGCAUUGACGUCUUGGAAAAAACCCUGAAACUCUACGAAUUGUCUGACAAUGUGCGCAAAAAGUGCAAAAAGUACCUCAGGUACUUCCGGGACACUAUCCAAAAAGAAGCUUCGAAAAAGCGCUGCAAAGAAAAAGAAAUACACAAAAUUCUCGAGCGAAUCGGCACCAUCGAGGGCUCUGUCGCAUACCUGGAGCUUUUUCGAACACUCCCGCGCGUGCAGGAGGAUAAGACCGCAGAGUUCAAGUACAGAGUCUUUCGGAUGCACCUGAUAAACAAUGUUGAAGCCUUUGGAGAGUACUGGUGCAUUCUGUUUGGGAAUGCAACCGAAUAUGCCUUGAUGGAGCAAACUGCCGACCUCUGA